UUGCACAGCAAAUAUAAUGAUCUACAUCAUCCAACUUUUUUUUCCUUCACAAUUCUUUUUCACAAAGAAGAGAAGAAAACUAUAAUGGCUUUCAAAAAAGAGUACCUUGAUUUGUUCUUGGUACCAAGUGGUCUAAUUAUUAUGGUUGGUUAUCAUCUCUAUUUGCUCUAUAGAUACCUCAAAGUUCCUCACACUACUGUCAUGGGGUUUGAAAACAAUGACAAAAGAGCUUGGGUUGAAAAAAUUAUGUUGGACGAUAAAAAGAAUAUUGAUACAGCUCUAACUGUUCUAGGAUCUAGUCUCUCUGGAGCAACAUUCUUGGCAUCUGUUUCACUAAGUUUGAGUUUUCUCAUUGGAGCUUGGAUGGCCAACAAUAGUGUUUUUAGCAGCGAAAUAAUAUACGGCGACACAAGAUUAGAAACCAUGUCCAUCAAAUUCAUUAGCCUGCUACUCUGCUUCAUGCUGGCGUUUUCGUGCUUUGUUCAAUCGUCAAGGUGCUUCAUUCACGCGAAUUACCUAAUUAGUACCCCCGAUACUGACAUACCGAUUAGCUAUGUUGAAUUGGCUGUCAUUAAGGGAGGUGAUUUUUGGUCGCUAGGACUUAGAGCACUUUAUUUUGCUACACCUUUGUUGUUGUGGUUUUUUGGCCCGAUUCCUAUGUUUGUUACGUCGAUUGGAAUGGUAUUCCUACUCCAUUACCUUGACAAGAACACGAAACAAUUGCAUAGACAUCGGUCUUCCGUAAUAGGAAAGCAGCCAUACGAGAGACUCGAGUAGGAAAGCUGAUAUCGAACGUUAGUUAUGUGAAAUUGCUAUGUAGUGUGAGAGAUGUGCCCAUGAAGCUUGUCAAGAUGUUGACUAUUCAUAUCAUAGAAUGAGCCACGUAUAUAAGACUCUACAAAAUAUGGAAUAUAUUCUCUGGUUAUCUGAAGUAAUGUAAGCAAUUACAAUCCCUUCA